CUGUAUGUUAAAUAUUCCAUGUGCAGUGUGUCGUUUAUGAUAUUCUCAGAUAAUCGAUUAGAUGUGUUUUUGUAUUUGCAGUUAAUUAUGUUGUUGUGUUUAGGACAUCUACCGUAACUCCAUGCCGGCCUCCAGCUUCCAGCAGCAGAAGCUGCGGGUGUGUGAGGUUUGCUCCGCUUACCUCGGUCUCCACGACAACGACCGCCGCCUCGCCGACCACUUCGGAGGGAAACUUCAUAUAGGUUUCAUCGAAAUCCGGGAAAAACUUGAAAAACUGCGGAAGGCUGUGACGGAGAAACAGGAGCGCAUGCGCACGAGGAGAAGAGAGGAGCGCGACAGAGAGGAGGAGCGAGCCAAAGAGUGGGAGGUGGAGAAAGAGAGGGAACGCGAGCGGGAGCGCGAGAGGGAACGAGAGAGAGAGCGCGAGCGGGAGAGAGACAGAGAGAGAGAACGCAGGAGGUCCGUCUUGGUGCUCUGCUUCAUUUCACUCCCACAGAUGUGUGCAAAUCAUAAGCAGCCCUUGAUAUCACAGCUGGAAAAGUAUCUCCAUAUUUAUGUACUUUCCUUCAAAUCAGUGGAGCUCUAAUAGUCAAGGCAAA